AUGGCACCGACCAAGACAACCAAGACCAAGCCGCAUGGCCGCACGCGCCUCGCCAGCGACGCGGCGCCGCCCAAGCCGUCGCUCAUUAGCACGGAGAGCCUUGCGACGGCCAUUGCGCGCUGCAAGGACGAGGUCGCCGAGAUCGCCGCCGAGUGCCGGGCCAACAACCGCGUCUUCCGUGACAUUGAGUUUGAUAUCGCCGGCAACGAGUACGACUGCCUCAGCUCGCUCACCGACCUCUGGGACUCGACGACGCCGGGUGGUGCGCUCCGCGUCCGCCAGAUCUUCAAGGACCCGAUCUUCUGCGACGAUGGCUUCGACGCCGGUGACAUUCAGCAAGGCACGACCGGCAACUGCUGGUUCCUCGCGGCGCUCGCAUCAGUGUGCUCGGUACCCCGGGUCAUUGAGAACAUCUGUGUCGCCCGCGACGAGAAGGUCGGUGUCUACGGCUUCAUCUUCUUCAAGGACGGCGAAUGGCAGCACGUCAUCAUCGACGACCAGCUCUACGUGACCCAUACCGAUUUUGAUCACGCGUACGAGUCGUACAUUAUCAGCGACAAGGCCAAGUACAAGGAGCUUUUGCGCACGGGGUCGCAAGCACUCUUCUUUGGCAAGUCGUCGUCGGCCCGCGAGACGUGGUUGCCGCUGCUGGAGAAGGCGUACACGAAGCUCCACGGCGACUACAAGUCGGUCGAAGGCGGCUUCACGGGCGAAGGCAUCGAAGACCUCACGGGCGGUGUCUCGACCAAGGUGCUCAUGACCGACAUCUUGAACUAUGACCGGUUUUGGGCCGAGGAGUUCUCGCGCACCAACGUCGACACGCUCUUCUCCGCUUACAUUAUCAAGAAGAACUCGGGCUUGGAGUCGCGCUCCGACAACGGCUUGGUGCACCUGCACGCGUACUCGAUCCUCAAGGCAGUUGAAGUCAACGGCACGCGCUUCCUCAUGAUCCGCAACCCGUGGGGGCAGCACGAGUGGAACGGCCGCUGGUCGGACGGCUCGAAAGAGUGGACGCCCGAGUGGAUGGCGGCGCUGGAUCACAAGUUUGGCGACGACGGCGCGUUCUGGAUGCAGUACGAAGACUUUAUCGAAGAGUUUACCGAGAUCGACCGGACCCGUCUCUAUGACGCCACCUGGUUUGUCAACCAAGAGUGGAUGGAGUACCGGUCGGCAUGGCCAGCUGCGUGGGACCAGCGUGUCUUUCAGUUCUCGCUCUCGACCGACGGGCCGGCCAACAUUGUGCUCGCCAAGGCGGACGAGCGCUACUUCCACGGUCUCGAAGGCCCGUUCGAGUACGGGCUCCGCAUGGAAGUGCACAAGGUCGGCAACGGUGACGACGGCGAGACCCGGUCGUUUGUCGGACGGUUUGUCCGCAACUACUAUGGUCGCAGCAUCAGCUUGGAGUUCCCGCACCUUGCAGCUGGCACGUACGACGUCGAUCUUAUGAUUGUCCGCACGUCGACCGGCAACGACUCGGUCCAAGACGUCGUCUCGGACGUCGGCGCUGCCCGGCCGGACAAGCUGCUUCAAAUCUGCCAGAAUUUCAACGACAGCCGCGCCAAGGCCGUCAACCUCAACGGCGCGUUCGACUUGCUCGCGUUCGCAAGCGGCACGCAGUCGACCGCGUACGAGCAGCAGAUCGCGCACGUCGCCAAGAUCAACGCCAAGAUGCAGGCCAAGAUGCAAGCCGCCGCCGAGAAGGCCGAGAACGACGACGGCGAGGAGGACGAAGAUGAUGAAGAGGAAGAGGACGACGAGGACGAUGGUGAAGACAAGUUGUCUGGUGCGGUCGUCAUUGGUCUGCGCAUCUACACCAAGGACGCGAGCGCGACGGUCGUUGCGUUCGUUGAAAACGACGUUGAGGCAGCGGAAGACGACGAGUAA